AUGACCGGGCUCCUGUGUACUGAGUACACGACCCUGGUUCCUGAGAAGCAGCAGGAAAAUGCCACCUGGCCGGUGACAGAAUUUUUGCUGGUGGGUUUCUCCAACCUCCCAGACCUGAGGACCACCCUCUUUGCACUGUUCUUCCUCACGUACCUGGUUACCCUCAGCGGCAACGUCACCAUCAUCACCGUCAUCCAUGCCGACCGGACCCUGCACACUCCCAUGUACCGCUUCCUGGCGGCGCUGUCUCUCUCCGAGACCUGCUACACACUGGUCACCAUCCCCAACAUGCUGGCUCGUCUGUGGAUGGAGAACCAGGCCAUCUCCAUCUCUGGCUGUCGGGCUCAGAUGUUCUUCUUCCUGGGCCUGGGAUGCAGUCACUGCUUCCUCCUCACUCUGAUGGGUUACGACCGCUACGUGGCCAUCUGCCAUCCUCUGCGCUAUUCGGUGAUCAUGAGACCCACGGUUUGCCUCGGUCUGGGAGCCCUGGUUUUCUGCUCCGGCUUCUCGGUGGCCUCGAUCGAGACUAGCCUGAUCUUCUCCUCGCGCUUCUGCCGCAGCAACCGGGUGGAGCACUUCUUCUGUGACAUCGCCCCCGUCCUGAAGCUCAGUUGCGCGGAGAGUGCCAGCAAAGCGCUGGCCAUCUUCUUCCUGAGUAUUCUCGUGGUGUUAAUCUCCUUCCUCCUUAUCCUCCUCUCCUAUGCCUUCAUCGUGGCCGCCCUCCUGAGGAUCCCCUCGGCCGCUGGCCGGAGCAAAGCCUUCUCCACCUGCGCCGCCCACCUCACCGUGGUCAUCGUGCAUUUUGGCUGCGCCUCCAUCAUCUACCUGAGGCCCGAGUCUGGAGGAAGCCCAGGCCAGGACCGCCUGGUGGCUGUGUUCUACACGGUGGUGACGCCGCUGCUGAACCCGGUGGUAUACACUUUGCGCAAUAAGGAGGUGAGGGUGGCUCUGAGGAGGAUCCUGGCCCGAAGCCACGUAAUUUUAAAAUAA